CUUUCAUGCAGGACGACCGCGACUUGAUUAAUUCAAAGAGGGAAAAUAUCAGUAUUAUGUUUCUUUUUUUACUACUAUUUUUUUAAUAUGAUAAAAUUGUGAAUCAACGUUUACUGAAUCAGGAAAAUCAGCGAUUUCGUUGAAUCGCAUAGUGCGAGAUCUCUGUUGACAUCCAGUUUUACAGUAUCUUUCAAAUUACUGAUAAGAAGAUCUUCCUAUAUCUACGUUUAAAAAUGGGCAUUUUCGAAAUGGAAUUUAUCGCAGCGACAUCUAUCCUUUGUGCGUUAACAAGUAUUUUAAGUACUGGCUGUGCAGAAGAAUUUGGUGGAGAGUUUACAGCAAUGCUGGGAGAUCAAGCUAUUCUUCCCUGUAAUAUAACAAUACCAAGGUUCAAGAGGCUAUUUCCCUGAUUAUGUGGUAUAAAGGGGAGUCCGAAGUUCCUAUUUACACCAUGGAUUCGAGAAAAGGUACACUUCGAAACGCUGUACACAUAGUCGGAGACGAGCUUCGCCCUCGUGCUCACUUUGAUGUUGCCGAGCAUCCACCGCUACUAAAAAUCGAACCUGUUCGAGAAAAUGACGCUGGGAUGUACAAAUGUCGCGUAGACUUUCGGUGGUCCAGGACCAUGUAUCAAGAAGCCUUGCUGAACGUCAUCGUGCCACCUCGACGAAUAUUUGUUUUAAAUGAAAAAGAAGAACGAAUCCAAGGUAGCAUUGGACCAUUCCAGGAAGGAGACUCAUUAACCCUUGUGUGUGUGGCUCAGGGUGGAAAACCCAGGCCGGUAGUAACUUGGUGGAAUGACACAAAUUUAGUAGAUGACACGUUUACAAUUGCAAACCACGACACGGUUCGUAACGAAUAUCUCAUCAAGAACUUACAAAGAGAAAACCUUUUCUCCGAGCUCAGCUGUCAGGCAUCAAAUUCUAAUAUUACAGACCCCGUCACCAGCUCUGUAAUCUUGGAUAUGUACUUAAGACCUUUUGUGGUAGAAAUACUCUCCCCACAACGUCCCCUAUCGGUGGGAGAAAAAACACAGAUAUUGUGUCGUUCUAUUGGAUCACGGCCAGCAGCAAAUAUCCACUGGUGGAAAGAUCGAAAAAAACUGACAUCGUUUGCAACCAUCGCGAGAGAAGGAAAUUACACCAUCAGUAAGUUGACAUUCACACCUGAAGUAGGAGAUAAUGGCCACUAUUUGUCGUGCCGAACAGAUAAUCCCUUAAUCCCUAACAGUGGAUUAGAAGAUGGCUGGAUCCUGAACGUUCACUAUGUUCCAGAGGUUUCUUUAAAACUGGGUUCAAACAUACAACUGGAUACGAUCAUGGAAGGAAACGACGUAUACUUCGAAUGUCACAUCCACGCGAACCCGUGGGUUGAUGACAUUGUGUGGCUGCACGAGGGAAUCCCCAUUAAAAACAAACAGGAAGAAGGAAUCAUUAUCAGCAACCAGAGUUUAGUUUUACAGCAUAUCAAAAUAACAUCACGUGGAAAAUAUCAAUGUAUAGCAUAUAACACUGAAGGCUCAGGAAGGAGCAAUGAAGUUGAAAUCAAUCUGAAAUUUACUCCAGUGUGCAGUGACACCCGAGAAAAAAGCUAUCGACUUGCAAAAAAUGAAAGCGCCACAAUUCUUUGUCAGGUUGAUGCGAAUCCAUCGAACGUUGAGUUUUACUGGAAUUUAAAUAAUUCUCUAGAAAUGGUUGAAAUCCAUUCGUUUUCUGUCAACAGCUCCACAAGUGAAUUGGUAUAUAGACCCAGAAGUGAUAUUGAUUACGGAAUAUUGCACUGUUGGGCAAAGAACAUCGUUGGUGAACAAAAGGAACCUUGUAUUUUUAAUGUGAUAUCUGUAGGCCGACCUAGUUCCUUGAGAAACUGUAUCCUGUUCAAUAUCACAGCGAGAGGAUUUUCUGUGCGUUGUAAAGAAGGCUACGAUGGGGGGCUCAACCAAUCGUUUCAUUUAGAAGUCUACAGCUCGUUAAAAGAAAAGGUUUUCUUGAACAUGACUCAAAAUAGAUCACCAACAUUUCUUGCAACAAAUCUGCCUCCUUCUACGUCAUUUAUUAUUGUGAUCUACGCUUCGAACUCAAAAGGAAGGAGUGCCACUAUCAUACUUACUGCGACUACAACUCCUGCAACUCAAGAACUUAAAGGGAAUCCAAAAGGUGCUCCCAUUAGUCCAACUCUUGCAAUCGUAAUUGGUGUUGUAGGAACUCUUGUGGUGUUAGCCAUUGCUGUGUUGGUAUUUUCAAGAUGUCGUAGAAGGAGAAACAAUGCAGGUGAGCGAAAAGAGGAACAGAAAGAAAUGCACACACCUUUACAGCAUAGCAUCGACCCUAAUUUUUCCAGUAAACCCAAGCCAGAUGAGCUAUCCACUCCUACCGAACUAUCUGUAGGGAAUGGAAAACUACCUCGAAGAAGAGAACUUACUCAAUAUUAUGGGCUUCAAAUGGAAGAUCCAUCAACACAUAAUAUCAAACCAAUUUUCAAAGGAGGAAACCGAAACUUAGACUACCCAUUGGAUAUGUGUGAUCCAUCCGGAUGGGGAAGCGUAAUGUCUUCCGUUUGACAAAGUGGAGAAUAUAGGGGCUAUGGUCUCACGAAUCAUGUCAAAUUUAAGUAACUGUACUGUGCUCGUGAUAUUUCUGCUUCGAUUGUAAACUCUGAAGUGCCUGUGUUCCAAAAGACCGAGACGUAAAAAAUAAAUAGAUAAAUCGUUCUGGUGUAUAAUUUCAAAGGUGAACGUUUGAGGUAAUUCUGAAGAUCGUAACUUGUGUCCAGAAAAAAACAUGAGGCCAGUAUUUUCUUAUUUUUUACUGCUGGCUAGAAGAAAAACAACACAACUUUUUCCAGAAGCUAUAAGAUGAUUAUAGUGAAGCUAAAGCUUUAGUUUUUGUUUUUUUCAUAUUUAUUUAUUGUAUCCAGCCUCCACUGUAUAACAUUAACCAAUUCGUUUUUCUCUAUUCUAGUCUAUGAUAAUUUUAAAGAAAGGCACGAUACAUGUAUUCCUUCCUUAAACAUAGAUCUUAAAUAAACAUUCAUUAUUAUUAUAACAUUGUCUUCUUUCAAUGGAAUGAAUAAGCAUU